AUGAUUCUGUUUCAAUAUCUUAUCUGUAUACGAGCUCAUGAAUUAAUAUAUAAUCCACGAAAUAUUCUUUCCGUUUCCUUUCAAUUUCCAUAUGAUUUGAUUGUAAUUAAUCGACAAUCAUAUAAUCAAUGUUUGUUACCAGAACAAGAAUUUAGGGAAAAAAUUGAUGUCAUGCUGGCUGAUUUUCCUUCGAACAAUAUAAAACGAUGGUUUUAUCGUAAUUGGGUCAGUUUCAAAUUAUGGCUGAAUUUUGAACAUGUUGAUCCAGAACGAUUUGCAUCCUUGCCAGAAUUCAAAACAAUAACGACAGUUUCGAUCAAUUGCCGUCGUAGAUUAAUAAUUUUACAAACGAUUUAUGAGCAUAUUUUUUCAAUCAUCAAAAUUGCUUUAGUCCCAUUAUCUUUACAAAUUACCAUACAUUCUUAUCAAAUUCUUUAUCAACCAUUCAAACUUUAUCUAUGGCAACGAUUGCCACUAUUCAUCGGAGAAGUUUGUCUGAUAACUUAUUUCCUAUGGUUGUUAUUAAGAUUCACAGUUUUCAUUGUAAUUAUACAACUAUUGAUACUUACCUAUGUCAAUGGUCAGAUAGAUCUAAUGAAACAUCAAUUGCGCAAUAUUUCUAUGUACGUUUCAAUUAGAGUUGGUCGUUUACGCACAUCAUUCUUCUGUGGUCGUUGGUUGUCUAUCAAAAUUCUAAAGCAACUUUGUGCGAUGCACCGUGAACAUUUACAAUUGUCCGUGUAUUUUUGUCGAGCUUAUCAAGAAUUAUGGGGUCCAUUUUUUCUCAUUUUCAUUACAUUCAGUGUUCCAAUCAAUGUGAUUAGCUUGUUAUCGUUAAGAUCACUAGGCAAUGGUUCCGAACGAAUACUAGUGUAUCUGAUGUUUUUCAUUCAUAGCUCAUCAUUAAUCAGUUUACUUGGCAAUUUGACUGUGCAAACACAUCUCUUACACAGUGUUGCCAGAUAUUUAUCGACCAUAAUUCCUGCAAUCAAAUUCAGCCGAUUAAAAUUUCGUUAUGAAAAUUGGCAUGAUCGAUUAAAUAAUGGAAAGAAAUAUGGACCUAGUUUUGAACCUUUCGGCACAAUUACGAAUCGAACUAUUCUUAAUAUUCUCAUUGUUUAUGUUGGAAUGUUAUUUUUCUUAGUAGAAAAUAUAGAAACAUUUAUGAAUAAAUGA